AUGACGUCCAGUUCUGCCCCAUCAGACAACUCAAUGUCGAAUUCAAACGUGACCGGUGGAACACAAGGGUUUAUUCUGCAUGUGCUGUGCCCGUCGCUUCCUCCUCCUAAUCGCUUUACAUUCAAUGAUCUGGCACCUUCCAUUACUAUCGCUGGCCUGAAGGCGCGAAUAUCCCAAUCGAUUCCCAAUAGGCCAUCCUCGGAGACUCAAAGAUUAAUAUACCGUGGAAAGCCCAUCUCAAAUGAUGACUGGACUUUGCAAAAGGUGUUGGAGCCUGUAAAUGGCGCUGAAUACUCCAUGCAUCUUGUUCUUCCACCAGCUCCUCUACCACAUCAUGUGGCGACUUCCCCCAGACCUUCGCCAUCACCACAGUACCAAGCACCCGCCGGCAUGCCAGACCAUCUUUUUGCGCCCAGCCGAUCUGCUCCGCCAUACCCAAUGCAACAUGGACAAGAGGUGAGAUACCGAGGAUCCAUGGGUCCUAGUGAAGCCGAUAUUGGGCUAGCUCUGCGACGUAAUAUCGAAAACAUUCGCCGCCAAAUCGAACUGCGGGAGCGAGGGGGCUCGCCCUUACCAGAUCAGCAAGGAACCGAACAUACCCAACAAUUUCCUUGGCAGCGUAUGACACCAUUACAAUCUUCAACGACCACGUCAACGUCAACGUCAACAAUGUCGUCCCAUCCAUCAGACCUGAGUGCUAGUUUAUCUCAGGAUACUACACUCCGUCUGCACAUACUACGACCGCAAAUUGCGUUAUGCGAAGACCAACUCAAUCGAGGCAUCGCGCCUCCUAUGGACCAAGUGAUUCGCAUUCGGUCACAAUUAUUCGAUAUUCUUGAUGAUCAGUAUAGAAAUCCUUUAUCUCAACGCGACGGCUCUAUAGAAGCCUUGCUCACUCGGGUCUUCAACAUCUACACCCGCGCAGAUCAGCUCCGCGUAAGCCAGUCUAGGGUCACUGCAUCCAUGCAGCACAACACACUUGAUAGUUCUGGGAGUAGUGGUCAUGAACAGGCCCCCCUAUAUCUUCUUUCAUCGCCAAAUGGAUACCAGGCUUUAGUUACCUCUCCUGGUGCAGCGAGGUCAGUUGAAUCCUCGCUAAGCGCAUUUCGCGCGACGCAUACGUCACAGGCAAUACCUACCCACGCCACAGGCCACCCACCCCAAGCGCAUCCCAACCCGAACGCUGCUAUGAUGGAGAAUGCCGUCCGUCAAGCAGUCCUUAAUCAAAGACUGGGCAAUAACGAGCCAGUAGGGCUCGCCCGGAGCAUACGACGCAUUUGGUUGUUCGUUCGACUGUACUUCUUUUGCUAUAUGUUCAGCGAGCCCGGCACUUGGUCGCGGGUCCUGUUGGUGACCUUGGCUGUCAUUAUAUCUCUCCUGUCGGAAACCAGUGUCCCGCGCCAAUUGUACGGGAUGAUUGUUUCUCCAAUUCAACGACACCUUGAAGGACUGAUACACUUUUCCACCGAUGAACACGUGCCACCGCGUCCUCAGGGCACAGAUGCCACGGGUAGCUCGGGAAAUGCACAUCAGCCUGGAGAUAACCGAGCUGCCACCCCAGCAGGAAUACGCCAUAGCCUUCGAAGAGUAGAGCGGUCUUUAGCACUAUUUAUCGCCAGUCUAGUACCGGGAGUUGGGGAGAGGCAUGUCGAGGUGCGCAAUGCAGCCGAGGCCGCUCGAAAUGCAGAGCGCGCACGAGAAGAAGAAGAGGAGCGCCGUAGACAGGAAGAGGCGAGCAACGGCGAGCGGGUGACUGAGCAGGAGCAGCAGGAUCAUGAAGAAACCUCAACUUCCCGUCCAGAGUCGUCUGUAACCAACCCCGCCAGUGAAAACGGACUUCAUGCGUCAAUACCCCGUGGAGAUGAACAAGAUGCAAGGUAA